ACUUUCGGUUUUGAGUGAUCUUGAAUCUUGAUGUAGGCCUAUUUUGUUUAGCCCAAAAAGCCUAGUUCUAACAACUGUCAUUUUACUUUUAGAUUUGAAACAAUGUAAGCUACUGUUACAUGCAUGGCUGAUUGCAGUCCUUUGGGUAUUUGGUCCGCGUCCGGGUGCGUACAUACGGGGACCGACAAAUCAUUAACUGAACAACAACAAUGGCGGAGUUUUCAGAAGAAUCGGAGGAGAAAACCCAAAUAAUCAGAUCAAUCCAUAAUGAUGUGACGGUAAAUGUGAAAUUUUCAAACAGAAGUGGAAGGACAGUAUCAUUACUUUGGUACAAUUUCAAAGGAGUGUUUGUGAAAUACGCCAUUUUGCAUGACAAGGAUAGUAUGGACAUGUUUACAUAUGAGACCCAUCCCUGGGGCGCACGUGAUGCUACAACGGGGGACGUGUUAAAUAUCGGUGGAGAUGCUGUGUUUUAUCCACAAGCUCCAGCAGAUGGGGUCGAGUCUAACAUAUUUCCAGUCACAUAUAUUGAUUUACCAUUGUACUCAUUGAAAGAAAUAUGUCUGCAACAGGUCCAGAAACUAUUUCCAAAGAAAAAAAUUAAAGCAAUUGACGAUGUGUUGCCACGGACACUGCUGACUGAGUUAAAGGAGGGUGGGAAACAUGAGGUGCACCUCCUUUAUAAAAAUAUAAAGGUCAGUAAAGGAUCUCAUGCAGAGCACAAACUGGGCAAGGAUGGUCUUGUUGAAGUGGUGAAAUUUGAUGGACAAACAAUUCCAAUGGGUAACCAUCAACUUGAAACUGAUAGUGAGGAAGAGAAGGAGGAAACUGUAGCUAGACCUGAAGGUCAUGGUGACAAUCUCUCCAGUAACCAAAACGAUUUUCCUCCGUUCCAUUCGAACAAAUCUUCAAAUUCUUGUUGCUGCUCUUAGAUAUGUACACCACAAUUGGCAUGAAUAAGUCACUAUUAUUGGUAAUUUUUCUAACUUUUGUCUGCUGAACUGGUAUCAAAUCUAGCUUCAUCCGUCCCUGGUGAAUGAUUUAUAAGUACAGUUUCGGGGUCACAACUAGAAAACCGUUUUGCAUUUACAAAAUGUAUAUAGAAACUUUAUAUACAUAACAUAUACACACAUAUGUAUUAGAUCUAACAUAGAUGGUAAUUAUAAGGUCACCUUUAACUAUCUCAGCCUAGUAGGGAAUUUCCCAUUAACCCACCCAUACCAAAAAAAGGUACAAAAAAGUUAUAACUUUUGAUGCUAGAUUGGAACCAUGUUGAAACAGCGGUUCCAAUCUAGUACUAAAAAGUUAUAAAUAACUUUUGUAACUUUUCUGUACCUAAAAAAAAGUUAUAACUUUUUCUAGGUACUAAGAAGUUACUAAAAAGGUACAGAAAAGGUAUGAAAAAGGUACAAAAAAGUGAUAACUUUUUCUAGAUACUAAAAAGUUAAAAAAAAAAAAAAAAGGUACUAAAAGGUACAGAAAAGGUAUGAAAAGGGUACAAAAAAGUUAUAACUUUGUCUAGGUACUGACCUUGACUAUGAACUUCGUCAUACGUUUGAAAAAUAAUCUUGGCCACAAUAUCUAGCACUAUUUUAAUCAAAUCACUUCAGUUGUAGGUUCUGGUUUUACAAACCCAGAGUCAUAGAUAUUUCUUACAUGAAUAUUCCUUACUAUAUUGAUUAUUCUAGUUCUAUAGUGGUAAUCGGUCAUGUGGACUCGACACAAAUUACCUACCAGAUAUAAAUUUCAAUUAUGCAUCAACAGUAGCCUAGCUAGCUACCAUUUCCUCCUCAUGCUAAAGCAUCCAGAAUUUUUUGUGAAAAAAGCAAAAAAAAAUAAAAAAAAAGAUGAAACAGGUGAGAGGGAUAUAAAAGUCUAUAAAGCAUCCAUAAAAUGUUCGCCUAGUUACACCUCUGAUCAAUACACAAACAAAUGUAAUAUAUUAUAUUGACCUUGUGUUGGAAAUUUGUGUCAAGUCCCUGUGAUGGUGAUUGGUUAUUGUACAGUUCUGUAUCAUGGAAUAUAUACGUAUAUAUGAAUGUAUUUAUUGUUUAUACAUAUUCCUAAAGAUAUAAUACAGGGACUUCCCUGAUUAUUCUAAUGAAUACUUAAUUAAUGACAAGUUCUUGUAACUUUAAUGAUAAAUUAUUUGUGGGCUCAGAUGAAAUCAGGCAAGCCAACCUCUUAAUUUUGAAGGAAAUUGAAGAAUGUCAAAAAUCAAAAUAGUUAGAGUCCAAUUAAUACUGUUUCACCUCUGAUCGAUGACACUUACCAUUUCAAUAUGGACAAUACUUUAUAUCAUUGUUAUACAAAACAGUAUGUUUGUACUGAUCAUUUUAGGUGAUUUCAUUGUAUAUUGUUUGAAUAGAAAUAUAUAUUAUAUUAUCAAAUGCAUUGUUGAUAUCAUAAUUUAAUCUAAUGUCUGUGAUAUUUCAAUACAAGUUAUUGGUGAGUUUGA